CACUGCAGUCUAUAUGCGUAAUAUAAAAUCAACAAUAUUGUACAUAAUAUUGUAUGCAUAUAUAUAAUUUAAUUACAGACGUUUUGUAUUCCCUCCACAAAUAGAUUAUAUCAUCUCGAAAGCUAAUUUAAGAAUGAGAAAAAAACCGAAAAGUAUUACGUUUUUGCCGUUUGUAAUUCAUAUUAUAGCGGGAUCCAGUACAAUUCAUUAUACACCCGUAGGUGUUCCUUGUGACAAGUCACAAUAAUUGAGUUAGGUACCUAAAUCAUUUCGUAACCAUGAUUUCGUACCUGACCAAUUGGCUGUUUGACUACAUCUUUCUGAGUUUGAUUAUUGUUUGUACGUUCCUUUACUAUUAUACGACGUCGACGUACGAUACAUGGAGGAAAUUAAAUGUGCCGUUCGCAAGGCCAGUGCCCUUUUUCGGGAAUAUAUUCAAAAUGUUUACGGGCUUAGAGCACCAAGUAGACGCGUUCGGACGAAUUUAUCAACAGUUUCCCAAUGAGAAAUUUUGCGGUUUCUAUCAAAUGAGCACACCGUUUUUGAUGCUUCGCGACCCGGAGUUGAUCAACACGGUGAUCAUCAAAGACUUUUCAUAUUUCACCGACCACGGAAUUGACAUGAACCCUUCGGUGAACGUAAUGGCGAGAAGCUUGUUCUUUGCGACCGGACAAAAAUGGAAAACAAUGAGACAAAAACUGAGUCCGGGAUUCACUUCCGGUAAGCUCAAAGGUACGCACGAACAGAUCCGAGAGUGUAGCGAUCAGUUGACAAACUGUAUUUACGAACAAUCCAAGGAAACCGAUGCCAUCGAAGUAUACGAACUUGUCGGCAAUUUAGCCACCGACGUGAUUGGUACGUGCGCUUUCGGCAUGAAAUUGGACACAAUUAAUAACGAUAAUUCGAGCUUUAGACAAAACGUAAAGAAAGUGUUCAAACCCAGCGGUAAAGUAAUAUUCGCUCAAAUACUUGGAGUGCUAUUCCCGAAAAUCGUAAAGUUCUUAAAACUUCAAACUUCUCCAGUGGAUGUAGAUGCUAUUAAUUUUUUUCAUUCAGUGUUCGGCGAAGUCAUUGAGUACAGGACCAAAAAUGAUGUGGUUAGAAACGAUCUAACACAAACCCUAAUGAAAGCGAGACAGGAUUUGGUGAUAAGCAGUGACUAUAAGGGAGAAGAAAAGUAUUGUGAAUUGGAUAUAAUUGCAAAUGCAAUGUUGUUGUUUACGGCCGGUUCUGAAACUGUAACUGCCACAGCAUCUUUCUGUUUUUACGAAUUGGCAUUGAAUAAAGAUAUCCAAGACAGAUUACGUGCCGAAAUAAUAUCGUCAAAAAUAAAACACGGAGGAGAGCUGAAUAGUGAAUUUUUGGAAGAUCUUCAUUACGCCGAUAUGGUUUUAGACGAGACUCAUCGUAAGUAUACCAUAAUUACCGCCCUGUUGAGAGGAGCUACACAAAAUUAUAACGUACCCGGAGAGUCAUUAUUGAUUGAAAAAGGGCAAAAAAUUUUAAUACCAAUUUAUAGUAUACAUCACGAUCCAAAGUAUUAUCCAAAUCCCGAUACUUUUGAUCCGGAAAGAUUUACUGCGGAGGAAAAAUCUAAGCGACCAAAUGGUACAUUCUUACCAUUUGGCGAUGGACCUCGCCAUUGCAUAGGAAAACGUUUCGCUGAACUGGAAUUGAAAUUAAUUCUAUCAAAAAUAUUAUCGAAAUUUGAAAUUUCACCUUGUGAAAAAACGGAAAUACCGCUGCAAAUGAAAAAAGAACGUGGAAUAACUUCACCAAAAAACGGAAUUUGGUUAAAUUUUAGGACGAUUGUGGAUUAAUACUUCAUAAUUUAUCUUAAUAUAAAAAAAAUUGACUUCACAUUUUAAAAAUUCUAAGUCACUGUCUGUUGAAGAUGUUUUCAAUUCAUGAUCACACUAUCAGAGGUGCAUUUGGAAAUUUGCACCCUGGGGCAAUAUAUAUUUUAACCAACACUACCCUCUCAAAAAAAAAAAAUUAAAACAACACAUGUAAAUUGUUGAGGUUAAAGUGUAAACACUUUUCCUCCAAACGGUCUUUUUACUAUUUUUCAUCAUUUAUAAUAAUACAAAUUUACAAUCUCCUGAGUGUUUCAUUUGCAGCAAAAAUAUUAAUAACAUGAUUAUAAUUAAGUUAUGUUGUAAUGUCAUUUUCAAUUUUUAUAGGAGUUGCAAAACUCCUAACCGAUUUGUAUGUGAACCCGAUUUAUGUAAAUUAGGUAUUAUCAUGUUCAAAUUGUUUCAUGUUUUGGUAGAUACCUAGAGGCUAAUAUUACUUUAGAACAAAUUACAAAAUUAUAAAUUUUAUAAUAAAAAUAUACAAUGUGUAUAGUGUAUAUA